AUCUUGGGUAUAUCAAAAAUUGUGAGUGGUCACGCUGGUCUCAGUUAAAAUCAAAACAGCGAAUAUAUGUGGACGUGAAUGCUUUUCAAAAAGUGAUGGUUGUUUUCUAAUAAUGAUACUAAUGUUGGUAAGCGAGGUGAAAGGAAAUGAGAAUGCGAGAAAUCACAAUACAGUACGAUGCCGUACCCCUCCUUCCUGAUCAGGAUACAAGUGAUGAGGAUGAAACAAACUUCACCAGUGAUCCUAGGUACAAAACCGUAGUUACAAAUGAUGGCCCUGUGGUACUAAAACGUCAACUUGGACUAGCCUCCUGUAUUUCUGUAAUUGUUGGUUCUGCCAUUGGCUCAGGUAUCUUUGUCUCACCAAAGGGAAUUCUUCAGGAGGUUCCUAAUGUGAAUAUAUCGCUGGUCUUGUGGGUUGUCUGCGGCAUCGUCAACACCCUUGGCGCUCUCAGUUAUGGAGAGCUGGGCACCACAUAUUCUAAAUCAGGAGGAGACUAUAUUUAUUUACUAGAAAGUUUUGGACCUAUGAUAGGCUUUCUUAGAAUAUGGACAUCAUUGGUAGCAGUUCGCACUGGCAGCAUAAUGGUUGUUCUUUUGACUGCUUCUGUGUACAUCCUGAAACCAUUAAUAGGUUCCACUUGUGAAGACCUCCCGGAAGUUGCAAUCCGUCUUAUCACUGCAGUACUAACUUGUUGCCUUUUCUAUAUUAAUUGCGUGAGUGUAAAGUGGACAUCCAGGAUACAGCAAUUCCUAACUGUUGCUAAAGUUCUUGGGCUCAUCACCAUCAUAGUACCUGGAAUUUAUCUUUUUUUCAAAGGUCAUAGGGAUCAUUUUAACGAGGGCUUUCAAUCAGACAUCCAGUAUGCAAAUCUUCCUCUAGCACUUUAUUCAGGAAUGUAUGCAUAUUCAGGAUGGCAAAGUCUACCACAGCUUACUGAAGAAAUUCAAAAGCCUCAAAGAACUAUUCCACUUUCAAUUAUCAUCUCGAUGGUUUUGAUAACAUCAUUGUACCUUCUUGUCAACAUAUCAUACUUCACUGUUCUGUCAGCUCAAGAUGUUUUAAAUUCUGAGGCAGUUGCCUUGGCAUAUUGGCAGGCUGCAUUUAGUCAAAUGUUGUGGGUUGUGGCAAUGAUUGUUACUGCUUCAUGCAUUGGAUCUGCUAAUGGUUCAAUUUUCUCAACUUCCAGAAUGUAUUUUGCUUCUUCUCGUGAGGGACAGCUACCAACAUUAUUUUCUAUGAUUCAUAUCAACUACAAGACUCCAGUACCUGCUAUUCUAAUUAUGGUUCCCUUUUGCUUGCUUUGUCUGACAAGUAAUAGUAUCUACAGCCUCAUAAAUUAUCUAAGUUUUACCAAAUGGCUUUUCCUUGGACUGUCUGCUGCAACAAUACCAUACAAUAGAUGGAAACACCCAGAAUGGAAAAGACCGUUUAAGGUUCCCUUGUUUGUUCCAGUCACGUUUGUCGUGUUUUGUUUCUUUCUUGUCUCGAUGAGCCUGUACUCGGCUCCAGUAGAAUGUGGCGUUGGCUUACUUCUCAUGUUGUCUGGCAUACCAGUGUACUUAAUUGGUGUAGGUAACGGGAAAGGACCAGUCAACCACAGGCAAAGUUCUCUAUCACUAUGGUUACAGAAGCUUCUGCUAAUUGUUCAGGAAGAGAAAAGUACUUAUAAAUCUUAUCAUAAAACAAAAUAAAUCGUAAGACAAUUGAAAAAGAUUUAUUGAAAGAAAUUUAAAUGCACAGUACACUUUAAUAAGGAAGUCUUGAAUAAACAAAUAGGCACUCACAGUUUUUUAAGAGCAUUGUACAUUAUGUACUUAACUUAUUCAGUAGAGUACAGUGUAUUGUUGCUCUAAAAACAUGUGGUUAAACAUUUUGAACUGUUCUUUUGUGAUUUAUCAUUGGGCAUGAACACAUACAUACAAUGUGUAUGUAUGUACAGUAUGUAUGAACACAUACAUACACAUUGGCAUAUUUGGUUUUUGGCUAACACUGACAGGCCUGUAGGGAGAAAUGCAGAGAGUGCAGAUGCUCCCCCAAAUUUCAAAAGGUCCACUUUUUAAAAGAAAACUGAAGUGGUACGGACACAUAACCAGAUCACACAGCCUUUAACCAGAUCACACAGCCUUUCAAAAAAACCAUCCAGUCCAAGGAAGAUAUAGAAGAGGAAGCAGAAGAAAAGAUAUGAGGACAACAUCCCAGAGUGGACAGGGGUGUCAUUUGCCAGAUCCCAGAGAGUAGCCUGUGACCAGUGGCAGAAGAUUAUCAAGACAUCAUCAUUAGUUCCUCAACAACCCCAUCAGGGGUUAUGGAAUUGAAUGAAGUGGAUUGAAUACCUUAGUAGUUAGGAUGCUCGCCUUCUAAUCGCAUAUAUAUGGUUUAAUUCCUGUGACAGCAGGACUUUUUCUCACAAAAAAACAACUCCACUCCCUAAGCCUCAUAAAGAAAUAAAGCUAAUAAAAGCAUCACGCUAUUUUAUUUAAGAGGGCCCCUUAAUACCAGACGACCUUCUAGAACACGCUGGAAGGGUCACCCUCUAUAUGGUUUAAAAAAAAUGAAUGAUGUUUCCACUGAACAGGAUUAAUACCCAACUGAUGUUCCCGACAGAAGGCUUACUCCUCGAGAGCAUAAGUCAGCGUGGUCGGACGUCACUCAAAAUCUCUUGGAAGUGAGCCUGGGGGAAAAUCGGAAACUGUAACAAUUUAGGGUUUUCUUAGGUUUAUUUAAUCAAUUCAUAUAGAUUCGUUUUCCCUAACAAAUUGUGUUUUCCCCCAAAGUGAGCAGA